UCUACACAGCUGUGUGCGGUGUUGGCAGCGAAACAGCCAACACUGCACUGCGCCUGAUGUGUCGUGCUGGCACUGCUGCUGUGGUUGCUGUUGUUGGUGGCUGGCCUUGUGUGGUGUGCAUACACCGCCACGCAGCAGGUGUUACCGCAGUCAUGCGUGCGCGGUGUUGUGGCUGUGCAUCUACAAGUGCGAUGGAUUGAUGGGAAGCGUUCAUUUUUUUCAGCGACAUCAGUCACGCAAGGACAAGAAGAAGGAACGCACACGUACCCGCACACGCACGAACUCACGCACACGCACACGCAGCUGUCAACCGCACUCCACCCCCCUCCAAAGCAGCCUUCUCCGCGCCUCAAUUCGCCCAACAGCAAGGACACCAUGGGUCUCAGCAUCAGCAAGCUCUUUGACUGGCUCCGAGGCGACCGCGAUAUCCGCGUCGUCAUGGUUGGCCUCGACGCCGCUGGCAAAACAACAAUCUUGUACAAGAUGAAGCUGGGCGAAGUCAUCACGACCAUCCCGACCAUCGGCUUCAACGUGGAGUCUGUUCAGUACAAGUCGCUCAACAUGACGGUGUGGGACGUCGGUGGCCAGACCAAGAUCCGCCCCCUUUGGAAGUACUACUACCAGAACACAAAUGCCGUCAUCUACGUGUGCGAUAGCACGGACGGCGAGCGCUUCAACGAGGCACGGGAGGAGCUCCACACCCUCUUGAAAUCGGAUGAGCUGCGGAACGCACACUUGCUGGUGUAUGCAAACAAGCAGGACGCGCCCAACGCACAGAAGCCCACGGAGGUUGCGGCGAAGCUCGGGCUGUCUGACAUCAGGGAUCGCCCCUGGUACAUCCAAUCAUCCUCGGCCGUCUCUGGCGAGGGCUUGUAUGAAGGCAUGGACUGGCUCGCGCGCAGCCUGCGCCAAGCAUCCGCAAACUAACAAGCAAGCGAGCAAGCUCUUUUUUUUUUUUUUGUGUAUGAACAUGCCCUUGUGUGAGAGAGGGAGAGAGAGAGAGUGUGUGUGUGUGCUUGUGUGUGAGUGCGUUUGUUGAGGGUGAGGGUGCUUGAAUAUGUGAGGAGUCGUGUGUGUGUGUGUGUGUGUGUCUUGCAAUGCAAUCAACGCGUCAGGAUCAAUAAAUGAAACCAACCACCA